AUGGAAGUGAGGCACAACCCGGCGACGCUGCCGGUGGCGCUGAUUUCGUUCGGUGUCGUCCUGAGCGCCGCCGCGCUCGCGCUCAUCGUUUUCAAGGCCCCGGCAGGCAUCUUCCUCCACCUGCACGGCAGUACGCCGGCGUACCUGUACUACGGCGUCCUCGGAGCCAUAGCGAUCCUUGGUCUGGCGGAGGCGUCGUUGGGUUUCUGGGUGGUGCCGCGCGACGACGUGGACGGGGACGACGGCAGCUGGCACACCACCGGCAAGACGGUGCUGUGGGUCUCCCUCUUGCCGCUCGUCCUGGUGUUUGCCCUCGGUGGCCUUGCGUUCCUCAAAUAG